AUGUCCGACACCGAAAACCAGAGAACGACCGCUGUCGCGCCGCGGUUCAAGAGGUCGCACCUCUGGGAGCCGGCUAUCGUGAAUCCGCUCAACCUGAAGAGCUACACGAUCCCGAUUCUCAACCUCAACGACCCGUACUCGCGGGCGUUCCACCUCUCAUGGCUCGGAUUCUUUGUCGCGUUCCUAUCAUGGUUCGCCUUCCCACCUCUCAUCCCAGAGGCCAUCCGGUCAGACCUCAGCCUGUCCAACGCGGAGGUCGGCAAUUCAAACAUCAUCGCCCUGCUUUCGACGCUCGUCAUCCGUGUCAUUGUCGGGCCCCUUAUCGACCGCUAUGGGCCUCGUAAGGUCAUGGCGGCACUCCUGGUGUUGGGUGCCAUCCCUUCUGGCCUUGCAGGAACGGCAAAGGACGCCAACACGCUCUACGUGUUGAGGUUCUUCAUUGGUAUCCUCGGAGCGACGUUUGUCCCCUGCCAGGCGUGGACAUCAGCGUUCUUCGACAAAAACUGCGUCGGGACGGCCAAUGCGCUCGUUGGCGGCUGGGGAAACAUGGGCGGUGGUGCAACGUUCGCCGUCAUGGUCGCUCUUUUCCAGAGCCUCACUGUCGACCGGGGCCUCUCAUCCCACAGCGCCUGGAGGGCUGCUUUCGCCAUCGUCCCCGUUCCUAUCCUCCUGACCACCGCCCUUCUGACCAUGGUCUUCGGACAGGAUCACCCUGCCGGCACCUGGGACCAGCGGCACAACAUCCCCGCUGCCGCCCUUGCUGCCGACGAGUUCGUCGAGUCCGAGUCUACCAGCACCGAUAAGACGCCGGAGAAGGACUCGAAGAAGGACUCCACCGACCACGGCAUGGUGCGGGUGGUUAGCGUCUCCGAGAAGGAGAAAGAGAUGGGCUCUGUUGUUCAACCCCCCAUUCGGUCGACGGUCGACGUUGCAGUCAAUGAGCACCUCACGCUGGCCAGCACGGCCAAGAUCCUCCUCAACCCGUUGACUUGGUUGCCGGCGUUUGCGUACCUCACGACGUUCGGCAUCGAGCUGGUUAUUGAUAGCAAGAUGGCCGACGUACUAUACCACCUCUUCGCGACGAAGAGGCAGGGUUUCGAUCAGACCACUGCGGGCUACUACACCUCCAUUUUUGGUUUCCUGAACUUGGUUACUCGACCUCUGGGUGGCUAUCUAGGCGACGUCGUCUAUCGGUACUACGGCACACGAGGAAAGAAGAUCUGGACGCUUGCCUGCGGCCUUAUCAUGGGAGCUUCCAUGAUUGGGGGUGGGUUCUAUCUUCAAAACACCCGGGUAAACGGGGAUUCUGAACUGCCUACCUUGAUGGGUGUGUUCGGUGUGGCGAUGAUUUUCUCCGAGUUGGGCAACGGCGCCAACUUCGCCCUCGUCCCUCAUUGCAACCCGUACAACAAUGGCGUUAUGUCUGGCAUUGUCGGCUCGUUCGGAAACUUGGGCGGAAUCGUUUUCGCCAUCAUCUUCCGCUUCCAAACACAAGCGGGGCAGGCGUUCUGGAUAAUGGGGGUGCUUUGCGUCGCUCUCAACGCCAUCCUGCUUCCUGUUAGGGUGCCCAAGUACUAA